CAUUGGUGAGCCCCAAAUAAAGAGAUGUCGAUUUCUCUUUCGUUCACCCCUUCUCUCACCCUCCCUCAACCACCGAGCCUUAGCCGCCGUAACGCCACCGCUCCCAGAAGACGGUUACCUUCUAUCCGAUGCGGCCCACGAGACAACCGCGGACCUCUUCUCAAAGGCCGGAUCCUGAGCUCCGAAGCCAUCCAAUCGAUCCAGUCCCUCAAGCGAGCCCACCGCACCGGCUCCAUCUCCCUUAGCCUCCCUCCUCUCCGCCGUCUCCUGAAAGCCGACCUCCUCGCCGUCAUCCGCGAGCUUCUCCGCCAGGACCACUGCACACUCGCCGUCCACGUCCUCUCCACCCUCCGCUCCGAGUAUCCUCCUCUCGACCUCGCUCUCUACGCCGACGUCGUCAACGCGCUCGCGAGGAACGGCGAGAGGGAGGAGAUAGACAGGCUCGUCGGAGAGAUUGAGGGGAUUGAGGGAGGUUACGAGAGUGAUAAGGCGUUGGGGAAGCUGAUAAGGGCGGUGAUGGGAGCGGAGAGGAGAGAGGCGGCUGUGAGGGUAUAUGAGAUGAUGAGAGAGGGAGGGUGGGGGUCGGAUUCGUGGGAAGCGGAUGAGUAUGUUGCGGAGGUUUUGAGUAAGGGGCUGAGGAGGUUAGGGGAGGAAGAACUUGCUGCUGAGGUGGCAUCCACUCAAAGAGGAAGGAUACGUACGUGAGGGAGGGCUCAAGUGUGGACUGCCCUCGACUUCUUGUUAGGGGGCUUUGUUAAGACCAAUUUCACCUAGAUGGUACUUGAACCUCUCAAAUCAUACUCCCUCGGCUAGAUGUUUCUUGAGCCUCGAAAGUGUUGAUCAAUUUUGGUCAGUGCCUCUGUCUAUUUCCAUGUUUGUUCCAGCAAUUUCUCCUCGGUUAAGUUAUUUCGAUUUUACAAGGCUGUUAAUAAUGUGGCAGAGUCUUGGGCUAAGACCUUUUGUUUUCUUUUGUCAUUACUACGUUUAAGCAAUUGAAUCGUUUUGUUGACCCAAA